AUGGACGCCAAGUCGAACCAAUUGCCCGACGAUGUUGAAGAACAGGAGCAAGCUGAGAAUUGCCUGCGACUGACCAUCACGAUACCGAAGGACACGACAUCAAACUCGAAACUGCCGGUCGUGGUGUUCAUCCAUGGCGGCGCUUUCUUCCUUGGUUCCGGGGAAAGAAAGUACUACAAUCCUCUGACAUUCUGUGCCCAAGCAUUGGAGAUGGGAAAGCCACUUAUCUUUGUUUCCAUCAACUACCGGCUUGGAGCCCUUGGCUUUUUCCACUCUCCCAAUGCAGAAGGUCUCAUGCCGUCUAACAAUGGCUUACAUGAUCAGAUCACCGGGAUUGACUGGAUACGUCGCAAUAUCGACGGCUUCGGAGGUGACAGGGACAACAUUACUGCCAUUGGGCAAUCAGCCGGCGGUGAGAGCUUGAGCUUACACAACAUGAGUGGAAGGCGAAAAAUCCUAUACAAGCGAUCCAUCAUGUUCUCUGGCACACCAUUGACUAUGCCCGACAAGACGCACUCCGAACAUCAAGACAACUUCAUCAAUCAAGCAAAGAAGCUGGACAUCGAUACUGAGAACCUCAGCAGCAUGCAGAUUGCUGAGCAGAUGAUCAAAUGCGACGUUUCCAAGAUCAGGGACCUUGGAUUUGUGGGCUCUCCUUGCGUUGACACCGACAUCAUCCCGCACAGAGACCACGCAAACCAGUGUGACAUCUCCACUGGCAAAGUUUCUCAAGUUCCCUGGCUGGAAUCGCAGAUCAUCAGUUCCUGCACUUACGACGGUAGCAUCUCGAAUAUCAUGAUGCGAGGCGACGACUCGCGCAAAGACCAUGCAAAAAGCUUCAUCAAGAUUGCCAAAGAAGUCCUCAACGACCCUGAAAAACUCUUGCAAAUCUACGAUAUCCGAGAGGUCACGCCUGACGAGGAAGCACUGGAGAAGAUUUGCCAAUUCGAAUCUGAUAUCGGCUUCUUUUCUGCUGCAUUGGCUGUCGCAAGAGGUACGGCUGAUAAGACAACCACUUUCUUACAACUCUUUGAUCUUGGAAAUCCAUUCCCUGGACCUCUUGAGCAGAACAAGUUUGCAUCACAUACCUGGGAUAUCGUGGCGUUGCUAGGAGCCUAUGAGGAUAGGCUAUCAGAAGACUAUGUGAAGAAGAUUCGAGAGUGGAGGGCGAGGUAUAUCAGAUACAUCGUUGAUGGCGAAGCUCCUUGGCCACAAUUCAGAAAGGGAGGUAAGGAAGCAAUGUUUGUGGUACCUACUCAUGGUCCGGCUGAGGAGAGAGAGCUUGCGACUGUUUUGCAGGGAAGGCUUGGAAAGCUGAUGGAUCUGGCGAAAGAGGGAGGAAUUGAUGGAGCUGACACUUUGUGGGAAGGUGUUUGUCGACGCUGGCUGAUGAAGGGAGAGUGA